CAGGGACCGUGGCGCUAGUUUUGCAGCUCUUGCGGCUGCAGAGGCUUUCUAACCGUGCCUCGCAGGCCUGGGAAACGGCCUUCCCUCUGCCCGCCCCCGCCCUCUCCACUCGGGCGCACACCUCCCUCCCUGACGCAUUUUGCCGCACAAGCUGUAAUAUGGCGGCAGCGAUGGUGGCCUGAACUCUAGGGAGCCGGGGUGAUUUUGAUGCUUCAAAAUCAUGUACAACAUGAUCACUUAUUAAAUGUAUACAUUGCAAAAUGAUCACCACAAAGUAGAGAAUUUAAGAAGGCCUGUAAAAGUUAUUUAGAAGAUAAAAGAUAAUCAGGCACAAAAAGAUUGGAUCAGCUUGUCCUUGAUUUUUCUCUAUUUUAAGAUUGAAGUAUUGAAGCCAUGGGAAUAAAGGUUCAGCGUCCUCGAUGUUUUUUUGACAUUGCCAUUAAUAAUCAACCUGCUGGAAGAGUUGUCUUUGAAUUAUUUUCUGAUGUGUGCCCCAAAACAUGCGAGAACUUUCGUUGUCUUUGUACAGGUGAAAAGGGGACAGGGAAAUCAACUCAGAAGCCAUUACAUUAUAAAAGUUGUCUCUUUCACAGAGUUGUCAAAGAUUUUAUGGUUCAAGGUGGUGACUUCAGUGAAGGAAAUGGACGAGGAGGGGAAUCCAUUUAUGGAGGAUUUUUUGAAGAUGAGAGUUUUGCUGUUAAACACAACAAAGAAUUUCUCUUGUCAAUGGCCAACAGAGGGAAGGAUACAAAUGGCUCACAGUUCUUCAUAACAACAAAACCAACUCCUCAUUUAGAUGGGCAUCAUGUUGUUUUUGGGCAAGUGAUUUCUGGUCAAGAAGUUGUGAGAGAGAUAGAAAACCAGAAAACAGAUGCAGCUAGCAAACCAUUUGCUGAGGUGCGGAUACUCAGUUGUGGAGAGCUAAUUCCCAAAUCUAAAGCUAGGAAAGAAGACAAGAAAAGGCAUAAAUCAUCAUCCUCCUCCUCAUCAUCAUCCAGUGACUCAGAUAGUUCAAGCGAUUCUCAGUCCUCUUCUGAUUCUUCUGAUUCUGAAAGUGCUUCUGAAGAGAAAUCAAAAAAAAGAAAGAAGAAACAUAGGAAAAAUUCUCGUAAACACAAGAAAGAAAAGAAGAAGCGAAAGAAAAGCAAGAAAAGCGCAUCUAGUGAAAGUGAGGCUGAAAAUCUUGAAGCACAACCCCAGUCUACUGUUCGUCCAGAAGAAAUCCCUCCAGUACCUGAAAAUAGAUUCCUAAUGAGAAAAAGUCCUCCUAAAGCUGAUGAAAAAGAAAGGAAGAACAGGGAGAGAGAGAGAGAGUGUAAUCUACUUAACUCCCAGCCUGCUUCAUACCAGAGGCGACUUUUAGUUACUAGGUCUGGCAGGAAAAUUAAAGGAAGAGGACCAAGGCGUUAUCGAACUCCUUCUAGAUCCAGAUCAAGGGAUCGUUUCAGACGUAGUGAGACUCCUCCACAUUGGAGGCAGGAGAUGCAGAGAGCUCAAAGAAUGAGGGUAUCAAGUGGUGAAAGAUGGAUCAAAGGGGAUAAGAGUGAGUUAAAUGAAAUAAAAGAAAAUCAAAGAAGCCCAGUUAGAGUAAAAGAGAAAAAAAUAACUGAUCAUAGGCAUGUUUCUGAGAGUCCAAACAGAAAAAGUGAAAAGGAAAAGAAAGUUAAAGACCAUAAAUCUGACAGCAAAGAGAGAGACAUCAGAAGAAAUUCAGAAAAAGAUGAUAAAUAUAAAAACAAGGUAAAGAAAAGGGCCAAAUCGAAAAGUAGGAGUAAGAGCAAAGAGAAAUCAAAGAGUAAGGAAAGAGAUACAAAGCAUAAUAGACAUGAAGAAAAGAGGAUGAGAUCAAGGAGUAAAGAACGGGAUCAUGAGAAUGUUAAAGAAAAAGAAAAGUCUGAUUCUAAAGGAAAAGAUCAGGAAAGGAGUAGAAGUAAAGAGAAGUCUAAACAGUUAGAAUCCAAAAGCAAUGAGCAUGAUCAUAAUAAAAGUAAGGACAAGGACAGACGUGCACAGUCUAGGAGUAGAGAACGCGAUGUAACUAAAAGCAAACACAGUUACAAUAGUAGAACAAGGGAACGAAGCAGAAGUAGGGACAGGAGCAGAAGAGUGCGGUCUAGAAGCCAUGACCGAGAUCGCAGCAGGAGCAAGGAGUAUCAUAGAUACAGAGAACAGGAGUACAGGAGAAGAGGAAGGUCACGGAGCCGAGAGAGAAGAGCAACGCCAGGAAGAUCAAGAAGUAAAGAUAGGAGGAGAAGGAGGAGAGAUUCACGGAGCUCAGAGAGAGAAGAAAGUCAAAGCAGAAACAAAGAAAAAUACAGAAACCAAGAAAGUAAAAGUUCACACAGAAAAGAGAAUUCUGAGGGUGAGAAGAGAAUGUACUCUAGAAAUCGUGAUCAUAGUAGCUCAAAUAGUAACAGGGAAAAAAAGGCUGAUAGGGAUCAAAGUCCGUUCUCAAAAAUGAAACAAAGUAGUCAGGACAAUGAAUUAAAGUUCUCCACUUUGAAAAAUAAGGAGGAUGAGAAGACCAGAUCCUCAGUGGAAAAAGAAAACCAAAAAUCAAAGGGUCAAGAAAAUGACCACACACAUGAUAAAAAUAAAAAAUUUGAUCAUGAAUCAAGCCCUGGAACAGAUGAAGACAAAAGUGGAUGAGUGAGUUAUAUAAACUUGUUUCCAUUCUGUCUCAAAUUUUAGGUUUUAGAGACUUGCUGAUGAAUCCCCUUUAUGUUGUUUUCUUUUCAUUGUUUUGGGUUUAUGUUUGUCUUUUUUUUUUUUUUUCCCAAUGUGGACUUUAUUGAGUCAAUCUUUUGAUAAUCUGCAACCUGGAUAAUUUGUACUGCAAAAGUUUUAAUAAACUUGAAAUGAGAAAAACA